AUGCCGAUGCUACGGUUCCCCUCGGCACGUCUGCCGAGCGCCACAGGCACAGGCGCCGGCGCAGGCGCAGGCGCAGGCACAGGCGCAGGCGGCGGAAGCAGCAUAUCCCAACGGCAGAGGAAGGGACACCAUGCGGGAGUGCCGCGGUUGUGCGCGCGGCGCGGGCUGGCGACGUCUCGCGCCCUGAUGAAUCCCGAGAUGGCCAAGCGGAACCACUACGAGCGACUGGACGUGAGACACGACGCUUCGCCAGCCGACAUCAAAAAACUCUCGAAGACGCAUCACCCCGACGUGAACCGCCACGACCCGAACGCCUCGCACAACUUCUCCCUCCUAUCCGAAUCGUACGGCGUCCUAUCCGACGCAUCCAAGCGCGCCUCCUACGACCGAGACGUACUCAGCCUCAACUCCCGGUCCUCCCACAGCUCCUCCUCAUCUCAUGCGCAGCAGCACCAACCUCACAACCCCAAGGCAUCGUACCACAGCACCGGCGGCCGCCCGCCAUCCGGCCUCUCCCGUCGACGCAGCUCCUUCCGCGGCCCCCCGCCCAGCUUCUACGCCACGGGAGGGUGGGGCGCCCACGCUGAGAAGCGUCGUCGCGCGCACGAGGAGUCGACGGGCACGCGGAGCGGCUACUACGGCGCCUACGGCACGUAUUCCGGCGCCUCCCCCUCUUCCUCUUCCUCCUCAAAGUUCGCCGAGUCGGCCGCAGACUACACCAGGGGCGGCGUCCCCCACUUCGACAGGGACAGCCAUGUGCGCACCCAGCGUCGGGAGGAUGACAGGCGCUGGCAGAGGGCACACCGCGCCAGGCGCGCCGUAGACGAGGACAACGUCGAGUUCGAGCCACAGAUGACCAUAGGUGCCCACUUCGCCGUCAUCCUCGCCCUCCUGGCCGCCAGCUUCGCUCUGCCGGCUUGGUAUCUACGCUCCGCGAGGAACAGGAACAACGGCAGGAAUUCCCAGCAGCAGCCGCAGCAGCAGCGGCUACAGGCAUGA